CUCUGACUGGAUGUCUCCCAGAUUUCCCCCCAUGGGAAUUUUUUUCCACUCCCAGACUCAGAUUACUUUUUCUGGGUGUUGCCUGUCUGGUUGGGAGUUUCACCGGGAGUUGCUUCUUUGAGUUGGACUUUCAGGUAACACAAGAAGAAGAGGACUGAUUGAUUUCAGCCACUUGACCGAAGGUUGAUCCGUCCGAUGCAGGCCAUCAAGUGUGUGGUGGUGGGGGACGGGGCUGUGGGGAAAACAUGCCUGCUCAUCAGCUACACCACCAACGCCUUCCCUGGAGAAUACAUCCCUACAGUCUUUGACAACUACUCUGCUAAUGUGAUGGUUGACGGGAAGCCGGUGAACCUGGGUCUGUGGGACACAGCGGGACAGGAGGACUACGACAGACUCCGCCCGCUGUCCUACCCACAGACGGAUGUGUUCCUCAUUUGUUUUUCACUCGUUAGUCCGGCUUCCUUUGAAAACGUUCGUGCCAAGUGGUACCCAGAGGUGAGACACCACUGUCCUAAGACACCAAUCAUUCUGGUGGGCACUAAGCUGGACCUGAGAGAUGACAAGGACACGAUUGAAAAGCUCAAAGAGAAGAAACUCUCUCCCAUCAUCUAUCCUCAGAGUUUAGCCCUGGCUAAAGAAAUAGGUGCAGUAAAAUACCUGGAGUGCUCAGCUUUGACUCAGCGCGGCCUUAAGACUGUGUUCGAUGAAGCCAUCAGGGCUGUCCUGUGUCCCCAGCCUGCCAACAAGCCCAGUAGGAGGAAGUGUAACAUUCUGUAACAGAGAUCCAUGGAGAACUGAGGAAAAAAAAAAAAAAACCAAAAGAACACAAUGCAGUCAGAACUCACCCUUCCUGAUGAGUGGCGAAGACUACUGGGCUCCUUCAAGCACGUUUUUUCCCAUGUCGUCUGUAACAUGAACCCCUUUCACACCAAGCCUGAGACUACUACUUCCUGCUCCUGUGUCGGAGUGGGCGGACCGAGGAGGAUCUGGCACUCGUAUGCCUGUGAUGUAGGAGUAGUGGUAGUCACAGAGCAGAGUUGGUGAGUAGGUGGACACCUGCAGACCGUUCUACAAUAACGCUGCUGUGGGACUUGACCAAAGAUGGCUAACAGUGUGAAAGGAGCUGUAGAAGCUGUUAGAACCCACUUCCAUCUAAAAUGACUGUAAACAUUUAUAAAAUAAUUCCUGCAGGCUUUUGACUGACAUAUCCUGAACAGUGUUUUAGAUGUUUUUAUGGUCCAACACUUCCUGUUUGUACAUGUUUACACCCCUGUUCUGUGUGUAAUGCAGCUCAGAUUUAUUAAACAUGUAUAUGUAAAGACA